GUGAAACCAGUAACAGUAUAUGAGUUCAAUAUCAACUUCCAAAAAAAAUACUAGAAAAGCUUUUUCAAAUUGCGACAGUCACAUUUCUCAUGGCUGGCAUAUUCGCCGUGAUUAACAACCGAACAAUAGCUUCGACCGCGCACGGUCCAAUUUAACGUAACAAUAUAGACGGUGAGGUUUGAAAUCGAUAUUUCGUAAACAGUGCUGAAACUUGCAAAAGAUAAACAAUUGAACCGCCCGAUUGCAUUAUCAAGCCGGGCUGAUCGCGUCGCCGGUACUUCUACUAAACCGGGCGUACCGCCCGGUUUUUCUACUAAAUCUGUCUGACUACGAAGAAGAUCCUCUACUUAACGUCACGGUAUAUCGCCACACAUUCUUGCGUUUCACGUUUCAUUCUAAAGAUUAGACAGCAAAUAUUCCAUCGAACUUUGACCGAUAACACGAAAUGAUUUCGUCCGCGAUUUUCGGAGCAGCAGCCGGCACGGGGUUAGCCCUAGUGGUGGCGAUGACGAUCGUCGUCUAUCGAUAUUACGCCGUAAAACGAAAGACAAAAUGGAAUUGGAGCAAUCUGGAUCGCUGGCCAGAUCCGCCGAGCAAGAAUGUCGACGAUGAUCAACCCCGUCACCACCACCACUGCCACACGGCACCGGCGUCACACGUGUUCGACUGUUGGAGGAAGCCGAAAAAGAGUUAUUACGCUGUGCAGACUGCGGUUAUGCCGGACAAAUUGUCGGAGGUCCUGGGCGAUGUCCUGGAGCUAUGCGGCGGCGGCGGCGGCGGAAGCGGCAGCGGUGCCGGUGAUAGAAACAUGUCGAGCGGCACGUCGGGCGGAAGCGCGGCCACAAAGAUCGGCGCAGUAACAGGGGUGGCAUUAAUUAGGGGUAGAUGGGCCCAGAGGGGUACGAGAUCGCCCCUUUCUUCUGUUGCUAAUACCGAUAGUGCCGACAGUACAACUUCGACCAGUUCGGAGGAAUUUAAUGUUGCGAAGGAGCAACACACGGUGCAACCGUCAACGAACGAAUCGGGCCUACCGCAUCAAAGUCGCAGCUAUCCCGGCGGUGGCGGAAACAGCGGCCGAACAUUGGCCAGAAAUUCGUCCGUAAGCUCGCAGAGCUCGCUAGAAGGUACAUCAUGCCCUUCGAGUCAUCGCGGAUCGUCGCCUCAAAUCAGGGCGUUUGGCCCGGACGGACAUCAUGCUCGACACGACCCUCUACACGCCGCCUCUUCCUACCCACCUAGUAGAAGCUCGAGGUCUCCUUCACCGGCUCGGGCUGCGUCCUUGGAUGCACGUUGUGCAAGUCCUGCCAGUUACUCCAGCAGCCUACAUAGUGGAAAUGCGUCGCCUUCACAGAUCUCUUUGUCGUCCGUGGCAACGGGCGUAAGUUCCACUUGCGCGUGUUCCCCGAUGAAUGCUGUUCAAAGUACUUCCAGACAGACCAGUCGUUGCUUAUCGCCUCUUCUCAUUCCACCGCCACGAGCUUCCAUAAGUAGCGACGGUGGUCCCAUACCGCCUGCUUCUCCGCUUGGCUCUUUACAACCAGAUCUUUAUCAAAGACGAGAUGUUUGUGUCUUUCUCAACGCUCACAGGACGGGCAAGUAUUUGGGCAAACUUCAUCUGCGCUUGAGAUACGACUUCGACAAAUCGGAUCUGGAGGUCCAUUUGAUCGAAGCGCAAGAACUCGCCAGCUGCGAUCAGGGUGGCUUCAACGAUCCCUACGUAAAACUGAACCUCAGCCCGGAAGUGGAUAGCAGAAAGAGACAGACGGAAAUUCACCGGAAUAAUCCAAAUCCGUCUUUCAAUCAGUCUUUCAAGUUUCCUGUCAGCUACGAGGAGUUACAAGAGAAGACUCUAGUUUUACAGGUGUUUGAUUACGAUCGCUUUUCGAGGAAUGAUGUGGUAGGCUCCUUGAGGGUGGCUAUGAACAGCCUUGAACUAGUUUCUUCCACAUCUUCGGUGGAAGUUUGGGGAGAGAUAGCGGGAGAACGUAAACCGCCGGAAGAGAUUCAGGAGGUGUUGGUUUCAUUGUCUUAUCUACCAAGCGCCGAGAGACUCACGGUACUCAUGAUAAAAGCCAGAAAUUUGUUCCCCCAACAGGAUAAGGAAACAUUAGAUUCGUUCGCGAAAGUCAGCCUUCUCUGUGGCGAAAAGAAAGUGAAGAAGAAGAAGAAAACGGCUGUUAGGAGAGCAACGAUAAAUCCUGUGUGGAAUGAAGCGAUGUCAUUCAAUAUACCUGCCUCGUCACUAGCAUCCUCAGCUAUAGAGAUAUGUGUGCUGGACUCGAGCAGUGAAUUAAUUGGCGGAAACGCAAUCGUCGGUUCUUGCAUCAUCGGACCGGCCACGGGCGCGGACAAUACUAGCGGCAAUAGUCAAGGACGAGAGCAUUGGCUUCAGAUGACGCAGUCACCGAGGAAGCAAAUCGCGGAAUGGCACACGCUACAUUAAUCCGAUCAUCAUUACGAUCGAGCAAUUUAAUCAACUGAGUAAUUCGCGUCCCCGCUCGUGGGAAAUACAAUCUAUCGUCGUAACGGAUAGUCGAAUGACCACGUACACGUAUGAACGUAGCGAUACUACAUGUAAAAAUGGCAACAAAAUAUGUAUUUUCCUUUCCUCUAAAACAAAAAAAAACAAAAAAACAAAAAAACAAAAAAGCAAAAACAAAAAUGAUGAUCUGUUAAGAAACCGUUCUUCUGCACUUUUAUAGAUAUAUUAAUGGUCGUUGAAGAUUCGUAACAUAUCGUCUAAAAUGUCGACGCGCAAAAAAAGAAAAGAAAGAAAAACACUAAUCGUAAAUAUUCUUCAUAUAUCCACUAAUAAGCACGCGCACUUACAUUUUCGUUUGUUGCACGACACUUAGCGCUACGCGCGAUUCAACUAUAUAUUUGUUAAUUUUGGAUACCUGAACGAUUUAGAGACACGUAUUUUUAAAAUAAUAUUGAUGCACUGAUACGAUUCCGUGAGCAAAGCUAUAACAAAGGAAACGUGAUCCAAACUGUAAAGCAAAAGCAGAGGCAGAUCUCGCGUUUCGCUUGACAGAUCAAUAAUUAAACGUACAAACUAAUAUUUUAAGAUAAGAUUGACAUCCGAAAGAGAAACAAUUACUAUAAUUCCGCGUAUAAUUCCUGAUCGAAUCACUUUCGAUGAAGAGGUUUUUUUCGAGUUUACUCCACGUUUCUCUCGUGAUUAUGCUUUUUCAAGCCGAGAAAAAAAAUUAUAUAUACAUCGGAAAUCUAAGUCUGAUAUUGUGUGACAAAUGUGGCCUGGAAAAGUAUUCAACGUACGUCUCUCGUCUAUAGCUUACAGAUUUAUCGGAGAGGCCUAGAAAUAUUUCCGCGCGAACCAGCAUGUUAAUCGCGCAUAUUUACUGUCCUUAUUAUCGUGUAUUGUCGAGGAUGUAAUUCAUAUGUUAAGCAAAAUGAUACACGAUGUAAAACGUCUUUCAUUCGGCUUACGUAUGAACACAAUUCACGUAACUGGCAAUGAAAGUUAUUUGUCACGCACAUUAAUCUUUUUCAACGAUACCUACUUUACGUACAAACUUACUUCGCCGCCACUGAAUUACGGAAAAUUAAGUCUGAUCUUUAUACGAAUCAAGAAUUACAGACAUGAAACUGUAUCCAACCGUAAUUCACCAUAUCAUAUAUUGACAAUUUAUAGUUUUAUUGUCGGGUCUAUUUCCCUUCUGCGUUUGAAUAUGAAAAUGAUCAAUUUGCCGGUUAUCAGAGAAUCUAAUUGUAUGUUAUACGUUACGUUUAAGUGUCUGUGGUUUGUCAACCGAAGUUGCAUUGUCGUGAUUCAUUGUUGGCAAGAAAGAAUUAAAUGUUAAUGAGUAUUAAGUAUAUAUGAAAUAAAUAUUAUAUUGAAUAAGA